UUUCAACUUAUUUAGUGUCUUCUUAAAUCAGCUCGCACCACAAGAGAGUCAUACCCUGAUUCCUCUGAUAUACACACACACAAACCUUUGUAACUCCGAGGAAACCAUGUGUCCUCUCAGGUUCAUUCUUGUAAUCUUGUCGGCAACUCUUGCCGGUUUCUUUGUCCUCAGAAAUUUCAGAUCUCAACCCCACAUCACUGACACUGAGUUGGAUGCAAACAAUGAAAACAAUGAGCACACCCUAACCUUAAAGAAUGCAACUUCCAAGGUUCGUGAUGCAUUGCAAUCUGGGUUCUGGACCUUCCUUGACAUGGCUAGCGGUCGCUAUCUUUGGAGGCACUUAGUCUCUUCCUCUUCCCCAAAGUCUGAAUGAAUUCUUAUGGUAUAUAGCUGCUUUUAAUGGUGAUAAUAAUCAUAACUUAGCUGCAAAAAUACUACAAACCACUUCCUUAACAUGUGGUUUAGACUUACAUGCCUGUAACUGUUUGUUACUUUUUUGGUUAGCUGUAAAUGGAAUACCAAUAUGUUGCAGUUGAUGGGCAAAUAACCAUGUUUCUUACUCACUAUUAAUUUAGGAGAACAAAUAUUUCAAUAGAAGAGUAUUUUACAUAUUA